GYGGCUCAGGGACCACAACCGAGACGCUGCGGGUGGGCGUCUUCUCCUACGAAGGCCUGGCGGGUGUGCGCGGCUUUCGGCCGCCUGCGCGCCUGCAUCGGGGCGGGCGGAGCGCCGCGAUCCGUAGGGCGGAGGUGGCUCGCUUGAGCCUGGGGCAGCUGGAAGCGGAGCCGAGCGAGGAAGAAGAUACUUACAUUGAUUUUUAUACCAGAGCAGACGGGCCUAAUUUAUCAAAGGUGGCACCAGCAGGGUGCCAAACACAGGAGCAAAACUGGUGCUAGGGCAGAAUGAUGAUGGUAGAUCUGAAGGUGGUUGAGCAUUUGGACCCUCAGAUCAAAACUCUGUGGGAGACUAAGGAGCCUGUGACACAGAGCUCCAAUCAAAGUAAGAAAUCUGCACAGACAGACAGUCUGGAUCCCAAGAGUUCUUGCUGGCAUUUCCGGAACUUCCAUUAUCCCAAAAGAGCUGGACCCCGUGAAGCUGUCAGCCAGCUUCAGGAAUUAUGCCGUCUGUGGUUAAGACCAGAGAUUCACUCAAAGGAGGAAAUCUUGGAAUUGCUGGUGCUAGAGCAGUUCCUGACCAUUCUGCCCAGGGAGAUGCAGGCCUGGAUGCAGAAACACCAUCCACAGAGCGUUGAGGAGGCCGUUGACUUGGUGGAACACUUACAAAGGGAAUCUGGUCAAAGGAGGAAUGGGGUUGAAAUCCAUGAGCUGGGAAAGGAGCCAGUACUUUUGGGAGAAACAGCAGAGGCCCCAGGCUUAAAGGUGAAGCCAGCAGAGUCUCAAUCAGAAGGCAAGUCUCAGGAUGAAGAACUUUGGAAUACAUACCAGGGUAUACAAGAACMUCUGAGCAGGAGUAUUUGUAAAGAAACGGAGUCUGUAUUUGAGAGUGAUGUACCUGCUCAGCAGAGUCUAGCCUUUUCUGAACAGAAAAAUACCAAAGACUGGACAUUGGCACCUGAUCUUGUCUUGUCUGAAUCCCAGAGCUUGUUGACAUUUGAAGAAGUAGCCAUGUAUUUUUCCCAGGAAGAAUGGGAGUUAUUGGAUCCCACUCAGAAGGCUCUCUACAAUGAUGUAAUGCAGGAAAACUAUGAGACUGUCAUCUCGCUAGCAUUAUUUGUGCUUCCCAAACCCAGAGUGAUCUCCCGUCUAGAGCAAGGGGAAGAGCCAUGGGUUCAAGGAUCCUCAGAGUUCAAAGACUAUCCCAGAGAGUCUCCUACAGGGUUAAAACAAAAAAAGGACACUGAAAAUCAUCAGCCUGUAUCUCUUUCUGACUUGGAAAUUCAAGCACCAAGAGAUACAGUAUCAAAAAAGGCCAAAGUGAAAGUUCCCCAGAAAACAAUGGGCAAAGAAAAUCAUGGUGAUACCCACAGAGUAGGGAAAUGGCACCGAGAUUUUCCAGUGAAGAAAAGAAAGAAACUUUCAACAUGGAAACAAGAGCUGCUAAAACUUAUGGACCUUCACAAGAAAGACCGUACAGGAGAAAAGCCUUUUAGAUGCCAGGAAUGUGGGAAAAACUUCAGAGUUAGCUCUGACCUUAUUAAGCACCAAAGAAUUCACACAGAAGAGAAGCCUUAUAAGUGUCAACAGUGUGAUAAGAGGUUUAGAUGGAGUUCAGAUCUUAAUAAGCACUUAACAACACAUCAAGGAAUAAAACCAUAUAAGUGUUCAUGGUGUGGGAAAAGCUUCAGUCAAAAUACAAACCUUCACACACACCAAAGAACUCACACAGGAGAGAAGCCCUUUACAUGUCACGAAUGUGGGAAAAAAUUCAGUCAGAACUCCCACCUCAUUAAACACAGGAGAACCCACACAGGUGAACAGCCUUAUACCUGUGGUAUAUGCAAGAGAAACUUCAGCAGACGGUCAAGCCUUCUUAGACACCAGAAACUCCACCAAUGAAGGGAAGCUUGUCCAGUGUUCUUAUUCUGAAGAAAUUCACCAAAUGGAGUUUGACACUGAAAAAAUGCAAAAUCAUGAAGCAUGAAGAAUUUUUCCUAAUCAGAAAAUUUGGUAUAUAUAUCAUGAUUCAUAGAAAGAUUGACCCAGCCGUGGAUACAUUAGUAGUUCUACUUUUAACUGUCAGGGGAUUCCUUAGCAUAAGAGAUGUUCUAAGAGCAUCUGGAUAAGGGAAAGGGCUCUUUUGGGAUUGUACAUGGAAAAUAGCAAUUUCAGCUUUAGAUAGCAGAUGCAGCCAGUUAGUAGUUCUCUGUGAUGACAGAAGUAAAUACAGAUGGUUUUGCAUUGAUCUCUCCAGUCACUUCAACAUAGUAGAAACAUUUGUAAACAUUUGUAGAAACAUUAUAGUCUUCCAAGAUGAAAAACUGAACAUUUAUCUAUAUUUAAUUGCAAACCAUUGUCUUCAGGGUAACAGGCUUAACAUUUUCAAUGAUCUUGUGGUGCAGAAAUUAAUUUGAAUGGAAAGUUUUUUCCAGGAGCUAAAUUAGAUUUUUUUCCUUUCUCUUGUCAUUAGACACUGUUCACUAGAGUGGACAUCAUUGGAGUUUCUUGAACWUUUUAGCAACUUAAGCUCUUGAAUCCUUCCUGUUAGCACAAAUUUUACUGUGAUAAAACAAUAUUUACUUCACCACUAGGGAAUCUGCCAGGUGGACUAAUAAUGCACUAUUUAUGCCUCUCAUUGGUGGUGUUUGAAAAAUGGAAAACAUCUUUAAUGAGAGCAUAUGAAAACGGGUUGGAAUUUGUAGCCAUAAAUAUAUAUUAGAUGUAAGGAUUUUCUGUGAUAAAACUAGACUGUUUCCUUACCUCAAGAUGUCAGGAUAAAGCAGUCAUAAAAGUUAGCACUUGUCCAAGGAUGAAAGAAAGUUUAGGAUCAACUUCUUACAGUUUUUGUUUACUUCUUAAUUUGGCUUUUGUUUCUUAAGAACAAAAGAGUUAAUGUUUGUAUGAGAACUGGAAUGUGUGUGUGCUAUUUGAACAUGUAUUCGGCAGGAGUUUGGGUUCCUAAAAGGAAAGUUUGGUAACUGAUGAUCGGUGUUGGGCAAGUAUAGGUAGAUCUACAUCCGUGUUGUUAUGUCUUACACUGAAAGUUCUUAAGCAGGGUCCACCUGUCUGUUCUUUCCAGCACAGUAUAGGUGAUAAAUUUGAUGGAUUGCUGUCAGUCUGCAUAGCCUAUGGAUUUUCUUAAAACUGACAAAACAGUAACUCAGGUUUGUUCCUGGUAUGGCUUUUAGGUAUGUCAAGAAAGAGAUUAAGAAAUUAUCUCUUCCAAGUCUCUCUUAAAUGAGAAGUUGAGACUCAAAGAGAUGGAGGGCCAGUAUGGUUCAUACCUGUAAUCCCAGCUUCUUGGGAGGCCAAGGCAGGAAGAUCACAAGUUCCAGGCCAGCCUGG